UACAAUAUUCUUCAACAUUCAAAACAACUCAAUUCGCCUUGCUUGAGAUACUAAAUAAAUUAAAAUCAUAAUGAAAUUUGCGAUUUUAUUAACAAUUGUCGUAGUGGUUUUAGUGGCUGCAGCAACAGCUCAACGUCGUCCUAGAUGUCCUCAAGGAGCUCGUCCUCCACGCUGUGUUGGUCCUCGCAAUGUGGGCUCGAGAUGUGCUACAGCUCCUCCACGUACAAUGUGGUAUUAUAAUCAAGCCUCCCGUACUUGUAUACAAAUGCCCCAUUUGGGUUGUGGCGGUAAUGCGAAUCGUUGGUGUUCCCGUGCGGGCUGUGAACGCAGAUGUCUACGUACCGCUGGUUAAGAAUGGAUUUAUAUUGAAACAAUACUUCUAGAAAAGGUUUUACAAAUAAAAUCACAUUGUAAAACACUGCAACAUUAAGAA